GCCUACGAGUACGUACUGGUUCCGUUAGGGAAAAAUGGAUACCAGUUCCGUCGUGUCGUUUUCAAAAUCGACAGACAUGUGUUCACAUGGGAUGACAGGCACAAAAAAAUAUCUUUUGAGAGAUUCUCAACGUCGGCGACGGGUGGGAAUCAACAAUAACGCGAGUGAGCUGUCACGUUGUCGAAGAAUCUUGCUAGUGAAUAACGCCAUUACCAGAAGAAGGAAACCGUAUUUCUUGCCAGUGAAAAACGCCAUUACCAGAAGAAGGAAACCGUGAAGAAGGAAAGCGUAUUGACAUUGACUUUCAAUCAAAACAGAGCAAAGAAGAUGGAUUUUCGUUCUCAGCUUUCCGCCUUUCAGAAGAAGUCUUCGGAUAGUUCCAGUAACAGAGGAAACGGUGGCGACAAUGGCCAUGGCAAUAGCAAUUACAGUAGCAACCGAGGRGACCGUGGGGGGCGAGGCAACUACGGUGGUAACAGCAGCUUCUAUGGCGGUAGAGGRAACAGUCGCUAUGAUUACCCCAAUCGUGGGCGUGACGAUGAUAGGUACGGAGGAGACAGGCGACGUCACCGACCCGCCGAAUGGAGCCAGGAUUCGAACUACCGCCACGGUCCAUCUACAAACCGCCGACGCUUUCAUCCUCCGCAGCACGGGUACGGAUCAUCGGGCCACGGGCACGGCUACGGUCACGGUCACGGGCCACCACCCAGCCACGACGGCUUGGACGAACUGCGCAAMCUCGGCUAUCGAAUCCCCCGGGGCUUUCCACGGGCUCCCACGGCCGAGGAAAAAGCCAAGAAGUCGAAACAUGUGGCCCUGCUGGUCAUUUGCAUUGACGACCUACCCUUUGAAGAAAUAUGGAAGGGGUGGAUGGAGACGUUGUCGUCGUCGCUCGACGAAUCGGUAGACGAYUUUUUCGUCUCGGUGCUUUGCCAUGCCAAAUUCCCCAAAAAGGUCACCAGCGAAUGGAUGCGCCAGCGCCUUCUGACCUUCGGUCCGAAACAGGGCAGAGGGAACUCGUUCAUGGAUCCGGUCUAUCUGACGAGAGAACCGGAAUGGGGAUCGGUGGAGAUCACGCGUGCCAUGCUGGAUCUCUUGCAAAACGGGCUCAAGAUCGGAAACRACGCCGUGCCCAAAUGCGAGGACAAGAGGUUUUGCCCGAGCCGCUUCCUGGCUCGGUCCCCUCCCUCCUUCGAUGGCUCUUCCAUUCCGCCGGUGGACCAGUUUUUGUAUGUUUCGGAAAGCUGCAUGCCCGUGGUCACGGCCCCGGAAUUCUUUAAAAAGAUUUCUGAUUCGACCGUGUCGUGGGUGAAUGCACGCCAUCGCACGGAAGAAGAUACGCCCAAAAACAAGUACGAGGACGACCAAUUCGCGGGGAUCAAUCGAAGGAUUCCCGGUCAGUAUCGCUGGAAGGGUGAUCAGUGGGUGUUGCUGUCCCGAAAGCACGCCUCGUCCAUCAUCGGUAUGGACCGACCAUUCAAACCGGCCAAGCACCAGCUCUGGCAAUCCUUCCGUCACAUCAAUGCCAGCGAUGAGAUGUUUUUCCCAACGGCCUUGGCACUCUUGGGCGASUUGCGGUACACCAAGGAUGGGAAUGAUACUCAGAAGGGUCGMUUGAGAGACGAGGAGUCGUCGUCGWCACAGACCGGAGAAGGUGGCUUGUCUGCCGCAUCGUCACCAAAGAACGCAGUGGGUCAGACCCARUCGCAUUCAGAAGCAAAUCCUUCUGCGGAGWCGUCCCCACCAAUGAAAAACCAGCAAAUAGUCUUGACGCCGGUGACCUWCACCGACUGGACCGAGGGCAUGAAAAACCCAGCACUGUUCAGCAAGGGUGCAACGGAUUUGAAACGGGUGGGAAAGCUAGCGAGAGACAGGGGAUGCCUAGUGGCACGCAAAUUCGCCACCCACGUAAGCAUUCCYGGUAUUCCGUUAGASGAGCAAAAAAUCACAGGAGYCAUAUCCMUCGAGGAAUGGGCAACCGUCAUCAAAGAAAUCCAAAGCUGCGAGAAAGAAAGUGCGUCGGAGCAAGAGGACAAGCCUGCUGUUGUUGCAYCACCAGCAGAGGUCAAUCAGGCAGCAAAARCUACGGAAGACGAUGAUGCGGAGGAURUUGAUGCUAAUAAUAGCGACGGUGAUGGYAUCGCUGAGUCGACACCUGUAGAAUCUGGCAAUGCCGUUGACAAAGAGGAAGAAGAUGAUGACGACAACGACGAAGGAGAAACUCAACUGGAGUAGUGAAGGAAUCUAGUUACGCAUUCCCAUAWAUCGCAGGAUGAUGUGCUUUUCAAAAGGUCGAUGAUUUAUUGAAGUUAAUUUAUUUAAAGUAUGAAUACAUACUCGUUCWUCGCAAUAAUUAUUUAUCGCAACA